AUGAGCAAGGCAUACUGCUGCUGUGAUACUGUCCACCUCGUCAACUCUUUGGCCGUUGCUGUCGUUAGCAAGACCCCGCAGCCUGCACUUGUUGCUGGCACCACUGUGUACCUCGAGACUGUGCCUCUCGCUCUGCCCGUUACUGCCAUGUCGCAUCGUUGGUCGCGCGUUGUGCCUGCACAUGCACACAUGUGGCUCCCUUGCUGUGUGGACGAAGUGUGUUGCUAUGCACUUGCACCUCCUCGCAAGGUCAUCCUUGGUUCUUGCCAACAACAUGUUCUGUGCGAACAGCCCAAGUGGACGUCAAGGAAGCACAUAAGACACGCAAGCACUCGCCGUCAUCGAGUCUGCUUUUCUUGGUGCGGCAAGUCGAUUGUUGAUUCUUCACCGUGA